AGUAAAUAUGCUGCCUCCACAAAAGUUAUUUAGUGAAUGCAGAAAAGGCAUACAUCUGUAUAAAAGACUGGUAGAAUCAACAUCAGAGGAGAUAUAUUUCAUUCGAGUCGUCGUUCUUGGACAGGAAGGGGUUGGAAAGACCACUUUAGUCAGAAGACUUCUACAAGAAAACAUAUCUCAAGUGGAGAGCACAAAUGGAAUUGAAAUAAAUGUUGACAAAUGUGGAAUCUCUUUACACAAUGGAAAAUGGGAGUUUCAAAAAGAUUUGUUUUCAACAAAUGGCAAUGCCAUUCUGUUACGAAAAUUGACCGAAAUGAGGGGAUAUACAAAAUUGAGGAACGAAAUAACAAAUGAGAAGAUGGAAAAAGAAAAGAAAGUAGUGACCCAAUUUAGAAAUUUUGAAAGGUCAGUAAGGUCUUUUGUAGAAUCUGAAAAUGAACGAGUCAAAAUUGAAGCGUGGAAACAAAGUUUACAAAAUCUCAAUGUAGACAACAGUUUUGACUACGGGAAGACCGCCAUUAUGUCAGUCUGGGACUUUGCUGGUCAACAAGAAUAUUAUCCCACUCACCAAUUAUUCCUGUCCAAGAAUUGCAUCGUCCUAUUAGUGAGCGAUAUUUCUAAAGGAUUACAUCAAAAGAGAUCACAGGAAACGGUAUUGUAUGAGCGCAAUCCAAACAGAAAACAAGAACAGAUUUUAUCAGAUGUAAAUGAUUACGUUCAAUAUUGGACAAAUACAGUUCAUUGUUAUGGAGAUGUAUCAAGAAAUGAGAAUAAUCUUCUAAACCCACCAAUCAUUCCAGUUGCCACACACAUCGACAGCAUACAGUGGCUAUCUUUUGAAGUCUAG